AUGCCUUCUUCUGAAAUCGAGAGAAUAUCUCAACUCUUAAAGGAUGAUGUCUCGAUUGAGAGCAUUCGGAGAGUGCGAGACAACUUGAUUAAGGAAAAGUCUACAGUUGAAUAUCAAUUAAAUAAACAGGCGAAAGCGCGGUUUCAAGAUGCACAAUCCUGCCUACAGUUAAUGACUCAGGCACAAAGAAAUAUGAAAUCACUCAAGAAUGAUUUACAAAAGGUCGACCAUUUGAGUAAAGAAAACAGAUCUUCAAUCGAAAGAUAUGACAUAAUUAACGAUGCUACGAGACUGCAUGAGCUUCUGGAUAAUACAAUGACGAUACACCAAAAGAUAUUACAAUUUAACGAUUUUAUAAAUGAACUAGAGCUAUUACUAGAUCACGAACUUAGCCAGGAUGCGCUAGAAUCAGGUUGUCCUAAUUUACUAAAAAUCCACUUCAUGAUUACAAUGGCGCGUGACUUCCAUGACCAGAUGACUACAUUAGCUCUAAUCUCAUCUGUUGAUGUUCAAACGACAAUGUCUAAGGUUUUUCAAAAAGUACCCGAAUGCGUGGAGAAAUUCAACAAACUAAUAAGUGAUAUUACCUAUGAUAUCAUAGAAGCCGUAAGAACAGAAAACCAAUCUCUAUUAAUUCGGUUAUUCAAAGUCAUUCAUGUAGAAGAAUGUGAAGACAUAAAAAUCAUCGCUACAAGGAAUAUUAUCAAAGCCAAGGAAUUAGAGUUCGAGUCCAAGAAAAUGAAAAAGCUCUCUAACAAGUUACAGACACUUGAUGACGAAGAAAAUAAGAGAAUAGAGUAUCCUACCCCAAGUGCUAUUGCUGCGGAAAUCACCAAGGGUACAAUUCAAACUAGAACCCAACCACGCGGCUACAAGAAUAUGUUUUUGAGCACUAUUAAAAAGGGAAUCCAUGAAAUGUUUAUUGAAGUAAGGAAAGAGUACAACGGAGAGAAGAAGUUCGAAGUUUUGAACAACUUAGAUUGGGUAUUCAAUGAAUUGAUUGUAGUUAGGGAUCAUGUAUCAAAAUUAGGACCAACCCACUGGAGAUUAUUUGAUCGUUAUUUUGAUUUCUACUAUGAGGAGAUUCAUCAAUUGAUCACCGAACUUGUUGCAUCAGAACCAGAAACGAUCAUAAUUCUUGAUAUUCUUGAUUAUGACAAAAACUUCCAAAAUGUAUUAAAACAAGAGUUUGGAUUCACUAAGGAUAAGAUCAAGACUAUUAUUGGUGAAAACGAAAAGGAGCAACUUCUAUCUGAUUACCUAACGUUGAUAUUGAAUAAGAUGAGAGAAUGGAUCGAUAAUUUGGAGAAGACGGAGAUUACGAUUUUCACAGAAAGAAGUUCUCCACCACAUGUGGAUUCUGACAACUGGCUCUUCCUAGACGGCACGAAAACUUGCUUUCAAAUGUUCAAUCAGCAAGUUGAAGUUGCUGCGGGAUCCGGUCAGGCUAAGAUUCUUGUUGGUGUUGUUGAAAGGUUUUGUAACUUGUUAGUCUCGAGACAAGAAGUCUGGGCGAAAAUCAUCAAUGAUCAAGUACAAAAGUGUAUCCAGUACAACCAUUUUUGUGAGGAGAAUCCAGAAAGUGUAACGAAGGAGAAUGCAUUCCCAGGUGGACUUGUGGAGUAUCUAGUUGCAGCUGCGAAUGAUCAAAUGAAGGCUGCAGAUUAUGCUGUUGCCAUUUCACAAAAGUACGGGUCAUAUGUGUCGAAGGUACACGAACGUACGAUAACAGCUCAAAUCGAGAAUACUUUGGACGGUUUUGCGUAUGUGGCAAAGUGUGCUACCAGCGGUAUAUGCCAGUUAAUAUUCGAUGAUUUAAGGAGACCAUACAGCGAGGUUUUCGACAAGUCAUGGUAUGGGGGUAACCAGACCCAGCAGAUAUCAUCUACAAUUCAAGAGUAUUUGAACGAUAUCAAGGACCAGAUGAAUCCGUUCAUUUUCUUCUCGAUGAUCGAAACCGCGGUGGAGGAGACUCUUCUAAAGUAUGUACAAUGUUUGAAGUACGACCACUCGAUCAAAAACAAGGGGAACAAGUUCUUGGAUUGUGUGAGAAGAGACUUCAAAAUCUUUUAUCAAUUGUACGCUGAAUACGUACCUCCGGAGGAGAUGUCUAUGGUUGACGAGAGGUUUAAGUUUGCUGAAUACUUUAUCGAUUUGUGUUGCGAUACCCAAGAGUCUGUUUUGGAGACGUGGAGAUUGUGCUUGGAAACGUACUGGGACUGUCCGUUGGAGCUCUUGCAGCAUAUUUUGAAGAGCAGAAAGGACGUGGACAAGUCCGACAUGAAAAAGAUUCUAGCGCAGGCGGAACUGAUACAGUCGAACCCAACGCGUCUCUCACAAUUGAAGACCAUGAACCUGCCUCCUACAUUUAUCAGAAGAUUUUAG